AUGUCUGGAAGUUAUAAAGAUUUAAGGCAACUUUGUCUCUCUUCUCUUAUGGAAAAUAUAAAAGAUAUGAAGUAUAGUGAUUUACAAGACUUAUUAAAUAAUGAAGAAUAUCAAAAGACGUUAGUUGAAACUUUACCGGAAAUUAAGUCAGUUCCAUCUGAAAAAGAAGCAUUACUUAUAAAAAUGAGAAGUCAAGCAUUAAAAAAUUUAGCUUUAGAACCAGAAAUUAAUUUAGCUCGGGAUAAACUUUUAAAGACUCAUCAAAAAGCAAAUGAGAUAUUAAAAAUUUUGCAAGAAAAAAAAGAAAAAUUAGAUGAAUUAGGUGAAGAACGUUCUUUGCAAUCAAUUAAUAAUCUAUUAAUAUCUGCUCAACAUGAGGCAGAAGAUAUAGCAGAGGCAAUUGCAAAACAAUUCACUCAUGGAGAUAUUGAACUUAAUGAAUUUAAAAAAUUAUUUAUUGCCGAAAAGUCAAAAGCACUUUCAAGAAAAUUAAGAAAAGAAAAACUUGAAGAAAUUAUUAGAGAACAAGAACAUAUUGCUAGCAUGAAUGCUUUUUCCAGAGAUGCAAUGUUUAAUCAAUCUGGUGGUGGUACACCAUAUCCAUCAACAAAUAAUGUUGCUUAUCCAAUGUCUAAUGUAUUUCCCCAAUCUAUACCAUCGAGACAAUCAAGACAAGAUCCUAUUACACCUUAUCCAGCUGGAUCGUAUGGAACUGGUGCUGGAUAUCCUCAAGUUAAUAGACAUUCUUUCUGUAAUCCUUAUUGUCUUAAAUGUAAAGGAAAUACUACAUUUGUAAAUAGUUGUCAUUCUCCAUGUUCCAGAUCAUGUGGUUCACCAAAAUAUAUUGUAUGUAAAAAUAUGGUAUAUACAAGAUGCACAAGUAAAUGUCCUGAAAAAUGUAAUCAAAAAAUUUCUAAAAAAUGUACAAAAGAUUGUGGAAAACCAGGUUGCCAAUGUAAAGCUGGAUAUUUACUUUAUAAGAAUAAAUGUAUUUCUAAGUCAACAUGCAAAAAAAUAGAAAAAAAAUUAAAACAUAAAACUAAAUCUACUAAAUCUACUAAAAAUAAAAAAAAAAAUCAACCAAAAUAA